CAGGUAUACACAUGGACACGGGCUACUGCUUGUAGUUCAUUCAGGCCGCUACUCAGAUUUCGCCCACAGCACUACCGAUGGUUAUAAACUGCUGACCGCUGGUGGAUAGCAUCCUCUCCCUACACGCACAGACACAAAGGCACUCACUCUUUUCUGCCUGUAGACGUGCAAAGGUGCAUCUUUAUCAUGGACUGUAUCCACGUACCUGUGUGUGAUGCUCUCGUCGCUCUUGUUGCUCUCCUCCGAGCUGAAUGGCGAGCCGCUCGAGUCCUCUUUUUUGUCAUUACUAACUGGGGGAUAGUCGCUGUGUUUCUUUUUGCCACUCCUCCCGAUUGCCGUGCCGGCGCUGCUGCCGUAGUCGCUGAUCUUAUCGGCACUGAUGAUCGGGGGCAUCCGGUCGAUAGCCUUGGGCGGCGGGGCGUGGGGGAACUCGGCGACGGACGGCAAAUUCAUGAUUAGGCAGUCAAAGAGGGAGACGUACUUGGACAGAAUGAGAACAAGCGACGCCCACAAAAUGCUCAGUACAGGGAACAGCAC